CCUGAGUCAAGUGUUUAGUAAACUUAAGUAGUUUCUCUAAAAAGAAUUGAAGCAUAAAUAUUUGUAAAAUUUAGAGAAAUAAAUUGAAUUUCAAAAAGCAGCUUAGCAGGAGUUGCGUUAGCUUAGCAGCAAGCUACAGCUGCUAAGCUAAGCUGCUUACACACAAGUUUAAUCUUGUGCCAAAUUUGUAAAAUAUUUUAAGUUUUGGAACGAAUAUAUUUAAUUUUUAAACGGUUAGCUACAGAAACUACUAAAGUAAAACAUAUUUCAGGUUAAUGAAGGUCGUGUUUCCGCUUUUUACUUUGGUUUUAUUUUUUCAAACGAAACCGGAAGUUGCGGCGUUUAUUUUGUAGGGCUUGACAGCGGUGAGGAGAGCGGCUGUUUGGAGAGAGCGGCUCAAAGUUGAGUAUAAGGGGUUGAAUCGAGGACGUGUGAGGCUUUUUGGGAAAGUGGCAUCAGUGAGAAGCAGUCGAGUCUUCUGUUGAGCCCUAGACUUUUUUUUACUUCGUUCAUUUGGGAUUCUAAACCUGUUUUUCCAAGUCUUUAAACCAGCCAUGAGGACUAACGUGUGGAUUUACCAGGCUUUGGUGUGUUUUAUGGUGACUUUUGUGGAUACAGGUUGCUGUAGAAGAACUCGUCAGUUAUUACAGAAGUAUGAAAAGACUGAGAACUAUAUGCUGGUUUGCACAGACUGCCGUCAGCAGCCAGUGGUGCGAAAUGGACGCUCACAGGAGCACUGCGCCCGAAAAUGCAAGAAGGUCAAGAGAAACUUCAACUGCAGAGCUUUCAACUUUCAAAGGCACAACAGGAAGUGCCACUUGCUUCCGUUUGACCGUUUUACCCAAGGUGUGCAGAAGCAGGCCAACGUUAGCUUCACUUUGUAUGAAAAAAAAGAUUAUAUAAGGGAGUGUGUAACUUCCACCAAGGACAACUACAGAGGGAGAAGAUCUUGGACAAAGUCAAACAUCACUUGCCAAGCUUGGUCUGAUAGCAACAUCAAUGAGCACACGUUUUAUCCAGAUAGGCACCCGACACAAGACCUGAGGGAGAACUUCUGCAGGAAUCCCAGCAACGACCCUGGUGGUCCGUGGUGCUACACCACUGACCCCAACGUACGAGCCGAGGAGUGUGGCAUACCACGCUGCUCAGAGGAAGUCUGUAUGAAGUGUAACGGAGAGGACUACCGGGGCAAAGUGGAUCACACAGAAAGCGGCAGAGAGUGUCAGAGGUGGGAUUCGUCGAGGCCUCACAGACACCAAUUCCAGCCCAAAAAAUAUCGAGAUAAAGGCUUAAAGGACAACUAUUGUCGUAACCCGGAUAACCGUCUACGACCUUGGUGCUUCACCAUGGAUCCCAAUACUCCAUGGGAAUACUGUGACAUCGCAGUAUGUGACUCAGCUCCCGCUGACACUGAUUUCAACAUCACAACGUCCUGCGUCCAGGGUGUGGGCACGAAUUACCAAGGCACCAUGAAUGUCACUCCAGAGGGUGUGACGUGUCAGCGCUGGGACUCCCAGUUCCCCCAUAACCAUUCUUUUCUUCCCCAGCACUUCAAAUGCAAAAACCUCACCGAGAACCACUGCCGCAACCCCGACGGUGCAGAUUAUCCAUGGUGCUUCACUACAGACCCCAAACAGAGGGUGGCUAAAUGUACCCACAUUCCAAGGUGUGAUGCUGAAGCAAAGAGAAAAGCAGAGUGCUAUGAAGGCAACGGAGAGCUGUACCGGGGUACUCUAUCCAAAACUCGAUCAGGGAUUCCCUGUGCCGACUGGUCCCUUCACAUAAACAGCAGGGAUUCUCACUCUACGAUAUCACAUGUAGGGUUGGAGAAGAACUACUGCCGGAACCCAGACCGGGACAAACACGGCCCCUGGUGUUACACCAGUCAGAAUAACCGACUAGUCUGGGACUACUGCAAACUAAAGCAGUGUGAACCAGCGACGGUGACUCCUCAACCGAGAACUUCACCGAGGCCCAAGGUAUCAUGCUUUGUCCAUAUAAACACCAGAAUUGUUGGAGGACAUCAAGUACGAGGUACAGAUGGCAGCUGGGUUGUAAGCAUCCAAAGAGAGAAGGUUCAUUUGUGUGGCGGCUCCCUGAUUAGAGAAAACUGGGUUUUGACAGACCAGCAGUGCUUUACUUCCUGUGUUCCAGAUCUAAAAGAAUACAGCGUGCAAGUCGGUCUGCAUCACCUCAACGAGUCUUCAAGCCACCCAAGACUGCGCAUAUCCCGCCUGAUCUGUGGCCCAAAGGGAUCCAACUUGGUUAUGUUGAAGCUUGAAGACCCUGCGCCUGUGUCGGAGGGCGCCUCCACCAUUCAUCUUCCAGUAAAAGAGUGUCAUAUCAGCCAAGGGACCAACUGCACCAUGUAUGGAUGGGGGGAAACGAAAAAUAGAGGACAAGAAGAAACACUCAACAGUGUUACUAUGGCGAUGGCUGACAAUGAAAUGUGCUCUCAAAUCAAAGGAGAUGUUGGUGAAAGCAGAAUUUGUGCCGGAGGCAAGAUCGGAGAAGGUGUAUGCGAUAGAGACUAUGGUGGGCCCUUGGUAUGUCAAGAGCAUGAACACAAAGUCAUCAUUGGUGUGAGCAUCCAAAGGACCAAAUGUGCAUCAUCACAACCUGCACUCUUUGUCAACGUUGCCUUUUACUCGGAGUGGAUUUACAAAGUGUUCCGACUGUACCCCACUUUGGACACAAACUGAUAUGGGAACAGAAAUUUUGCUGGAGAAAGGACACCAAGGACCAAUUGUGUCUACUACCUUUACACGAGGGAGUAUUAGGUAAAAGUGCCUGAUAAAGAGCCCCUACUUUGGUGACUGGAGAUUGUUAACUAGAGAACCGAUGUACCAAAGAGGAACGCCACCUUGAGAACAUCAACAGCACCAGCUCCCCUUUUACAACCCCAGUCUCGGGCACAUAGACGGUGCACUAACUGCAUUUUGACAUGUUCAGAGUUUCUGAAGCCAUGCAAACAAAGUCACUCGUGACUCAGUAUUAUGUCCUGGAAUGUACUUGAACCCGAAUUCAGUUCCAUGGUGGUUGCCAGUUCAGGAAACUCUGCUCGACUGGAAUGUUCUUCCUUCUUCCUUUUUUCAUAUGAGUUGGAAUUGUUUUGAUUGUCUGAACUAAGAAUACACAGUCAGACAUAAGUUGUUCUUAUCAAAUGUACUUAUCUGUGAUGUUAAGGCCUCAUGUUCCUAUACAUAACCCUUCCACUAAAACCACCAUUUACCACUAGUCCUAUGUUUGUAGGAAUUAAAGGGCGGGGCUAAAUAUCAAUUCUGUCAUACUGAACUGUCAGCCACUCUGUAAUACUUGUUUACAGCCAAUGAGAUUCUGAACCAAAGACAAGAUUCUGUCUUUGGUUGUAAAGACUUCAGUCAUCUGCAAAGAGAGUUGCGUAAAUAUGUUGGCACAGCACUGUAAUAUCAAUUGCAGUGGCCAUUUUAGUACUGAAAAUAAUUACAUUUAUGGGCCUUUUUGUUUUUGCAGAUACAUUAUCUGGUAAAUCUACUCAUUCUCACUCCCAACUCGUCAUAUAAUUACCCCACGUGCUGUCUAUGGGGUCCAAAUGACCCAAGCCUUACACUAAUGUGUUAUCCAUCCCAUGACAAAUCUGGAUGAAGGUGGAUUUUAUACCUACCACAUCUACAACACCAGUGAACAUAAAAAAAUAUUGAAAAAAAAAGUUCAGCGCGCUGCCUUGUGGGGUCCAGAUGACACCACUCCCAACAUACCUAGGAUAGCAAAAGGGUUACGGAUAUAUGGUUGGGGUCCCCACGGUACUCCUUUUCUGACAUUUUGGGUGUCCCCAAUUAGUCGUUUUUGACGUGCUGGCUGGUCCCAUAAAAUCAUGGGUCAGGGUUAGGGUACCAGGUACCGGCCCACAUCCCGAGGGUUGAGGACCCGUGAUUAAAAACCGGUACCGGGUUAGUGUACCAGGUACCAGAACUGGUCCACAUCCUGACGGUGGGGGACCCCUUAAUAGAAAGUGGUACUGAGUUUGGGUACUAGGUACCGGUACCGGUUCACGUCCUGAGGGUUGAGGACCCCUGAUUAGAAACCGGUACCGGGUUAUGGCACCAGGUACCGGUCCACAUGCUGAGGGUUGGGGACCUGUGAUUAAGAACCGGUACCUGAUAUGGUACCAGGAUAUCAGUCCACAUCCAAAAAGUUGGAGACUCCUGAUUAGAAACCAGUACCGGGUUAAGGUACCAGGUACCGGUACCAGUCCACAUCCAAAGGGUUAGGGACCCCUGAUUUUGAAUCUGUACCGGGUUAUGGUACCAAGUAGCGGUCCUACUCCACAUCCCGAGGGUUGGGGACACUUGAUUAGUGUCUGCAUUUUCUCCCUGUCUGUGACCUGGUACCAAGCAGCCCUUGGACCGUUACUGGUUCGUGGCCUGGAGGUUGGGAACCCCUGAUUUAAUGGAAACAGCCAGCAUCCUCAAAAAACGACAAGUUGGGGACACCCAAAACGUCAAAAAGUUAGGAGUAGGAGUCCUGAACCCUACGUCCAUAUAUGACGAGUUGGGAGUGAGAAAUCGUUGGGUAAGUUGGAUAUGUUUUCCUUUGUUAGAGGGGUUAUGUAUUUUUAAUCCCAUGGUUCAUUCUACACCUUUGUCUGCUUUCUUCACGCGAGGGCAUAGGGGUCAAUCAGUUCCCUCUUUGACAAAGGCGUGGAGAUAAGAAAAAGAAGUUCAGAUGUGAAUUGAAUUUACUUUCAAAGCAGAAUAGGAAGAGUGACAACUGAUGUCUGGAAAGGAGUCUCAAUUCCCUCUACCCGACCACUCGGCCUUUAAUUUUAAGAGGUAAAGACGAGAGCCAAGGAAUAAAGGAGGAAAUGAGAUUCAGUAGUGCUUUUUGGCUUCCUCCAUCAUCUUUUGAGGAUCUGGACAGCUUCUCCGUCAAGUGACCACCCAAACAUGGAGAUGUAGAUCUUCCCAAUGGCAGAAAAUUGUGGCAAUAAGAACUCCCUCUGUGAGAAAUAAUGAAGAGGAAACUACGUCUUUAAACCUGGUGGGCGCAGAACAGGACGGAAGUAUGACCUCCCUUUGUAUAACCGAAGAAUCCUUGGGAAAAGUUGGCCGGUCUUCAUUGUCUGUAGUAGCUGGACUAGCUUUUCUCCACAUAGCUGUUAGUUUCCCCGUGAGAGGGUCUAAGUAGGACUGAGCAAACUGCUCCAAAUCUUAUGCUAAUAUUUGUAGCAUGAGAGAGAAGAGCCAUGCCAAAUAUAACAUGGCUUUUUGGUCUCCAGUUUGGAGGGAACUGUGGCCCCUGGUGGGCUGUGUGUGGUCAGUAGAAUAUUUUUGAUACUUUUUUUUUCUUGGAGGGAGGGAGUUGGGGUUCAUGAAAAGUGACCCUGUAUGUACAAACCUGCAGGUUUAUAAUGUUUCUGCCGUGCCAUAAGAUAUUAUAGGUCUUAUAGAUCUGCGAUGUGUUCGGUUCAUUUACUGUCAGGUCGGCCUCGUUGUGCCUCUGAUUAUGUCUUAUAUUUAAAGUGAGGUGUAUUUAUUUUCAUGAGUCAGUGGAAAUAAUUGGUUAUGGAUGAAUUUGUUGUGAUGAUGACAUUGUUUAAAAUUUUGAAAUUUGAAACCGAUGGUAUUCCUUUUUUGGAAAAUAGACAUGAAUGCCAGUAAUUUUGUCUGGAGUAACAGACUCUCAUGCGUAAAUUCUGGCUCAGAUUUUUAAACAAGUUGGGUGUCAUUUUUUUCAAAAUAAAAGCUUUAGAUUUUAGAGUUUUUUACUCCUCUCCACUUUGCCAAAGACAAAAUCUCAGUGUUUCUGUGUGUUUUCAUUUGACCAAAUUUUCUUGGCUCAUUAUUUAUUUCUUAUACACAAAGGAUAUAUUUUAAUUACCUAAAUAUCACAGACAUUACUUUUUUUUGUGUAUGUACAGACGUUUGCAGGGUUCUAAAUGAUAAAAUCCCCCAAAAUUUCAUACGGAAUAAUGAGCCUUUUUAUUAUCUUUGCAUCUUUUAUCUUCUUUUCUCUACACUCAGUCACACUGUCAACUCAAUGAUGAUGAUUUGAGAACGUUAUAAAUUAAAGCCAAAGAAAAUGUCUAAAAAUCACAUCAAAAUUAUACAAAAAUGGGAACUAUUGAGAAGUUUUAUCAGAAACCGUGAUAGCUAGCAGUUGUGUCAAUACCUCGGAGAAUGUGAAUAACAUGCCGACCGACAGAAAACGAUCCUGAAAUGAUGCCCAGAUGUUUGUGUGUAACUGGAUCAUUUCAACAUAAAGAGACCAUGUUCUCAGAUCUCAGAUUACUGCGCUCAACAUCACGCAAAAAAAAUGCUGACAACAGAGGAACGGCUGUAACUCGAUGAAUCGCACAAUCCCAACAGCAAGUUCGUCAUCGGGUUAGAUGAAUUCCAGUGACAGUGUAAAUGCCAACCUCGGCUUGUUUUCACACACUCAAGUCUGUAAAAAAAAGGGUGUUUUGUUGAAUAUCCUAAUGCCAAUUUUGGGGAAACUUUAUUGUUCGAUUUUUGUAAACGAUGCUCUGAAAGUGUUGUGACUGUUAUUUAAUGAGCUUUCCUGUAAAUAACCACAAGCAGUGUGUAAAAGUUGUAAUUUUUUGUAAAUAUCAUACUUUUUUGAGAUAUAGCUGCUAUUUGUUGUUACUUGUUUUGUAUCCGUGAUAUUUUCAGAACUUUGUAUUCUUUGUAUUAUCCUUUAAUAAACAUCUUUCCAUUGA